AUGGUCGCAGCUGCAAUGGCCGCCACAGCAGCGGCUUACCAGCAACCAUCAUCUCCUAUUCGCGUUUCCUUCUUCUCGCUCGCAUUCACCUUUUUCGUCUUCCUCGUCACAGACCCGCUCCGACUUCGACCCAUAGCCAAUCUCCCCUUCCACGCAGCGCCGAUUCCCUUAUCACCGCGUCGACUACCCAUUCCCUCGGACCAGUCAAAUCGUCUCGCCAAUGCUCAUAUCAGAUACGCGGGCGAGGUGUUUGGCCCGGAAAGCCUGGCGUGGGACCUUGAGGGACGAGGACCGUACGCUGGUGUCAGCGACGGGCGAAUCGUCCGACGAUCACUGGACGAUAGUGGAUGGGAAACCUUCGCACACGCGUCGCCGCACUGGUCGUCCAAACUGUGCGAUCCCGUCGCACCAGUGCAACCCUCUCCAUUCGCCUCCGCCCUCGCAUAUCUAUCUGGAGCCGUCGAGGCGUCUGCCGACGCGUCCAACAUCCAUACCCGUUCGUCGCUCAACGGCUCGCUUAACCAUGCGAACUAUAGCGUGGGCCCCAUCAGCGGGCUUUUCCAGGAACUCGAUAGUAGAUCGGUUGGAUCCAGCAGUAUUGCCUCCGCCCCCUCUAUAGGCAGCGCGGUUAAGGGACGAGUCGGACCGAAGCUAGCCACGGAGCACAUUUGUGGCCGUCCGUUGGGGUUACGAUUUCAUCCAGUAACUGGCGAGCUUUUUUUCGCGGACGCCUACUUCGGCAUUUACAAGGUUGGGAAGAAGGGCGGGAAGGCUCGAGUUGUCGUGGAUCACGUGGAGGGUCGAAAGCUGAGGUUUGCGAAUGACGUGGCUAUUGACGCGGAUAACGAAAAUGGAACAGUGUAUUUUACUGAUUCGAGCACACGGCACCAAAGACGGGACUUUGUCGUGGCGACCACCGAAGGCCAAGCUGACGGUCGCCUGAUGAAAGUGGAUCUUGCUACACGUCGGGUUACUGUGUUACUCCGCAAUCUCGUCUUCCCCAACGGCCUUGCGCUUUCUGAGGACAAGUCGUUCCUUGUUUUCUGCGAGACAGUCCUUUUCAGGUGCAGCCGUUACUGGUUGAAGGGUCCGAAGGAGGGGACUCAGGAGGUGCUCGUUGACCUACCCGGCUCGCCAGACAACAUCAGACUAAACCCGCGCGGACGAUUCUGGGUAGCCAUGCAUUCGAGGAGGCGCCCCCUUAUUGAUUACUUCGCCCCACGACCAUGGCUAAGGAGUUUCGUCAUGUCGCUUCCAGUUGACAUCAAAAUCAUCUAUGGCGUUAUGGUCGGGUGGCCACAUGGCCUGGUGGUGGAGGUGGAUGGUGAUGGACGAAUCACAGACGUUUUGGAGGAUCACAUGGGACGCGCUGUCAAGGCUGUGAGUGAAGUGGAGGAGCGGAAUGGCACACUCUGGAUGGGAUCCAGCACUCCCUUCCUGCCUCUUCGAUCUCGCACCCACAACCUGAGGAAGCCUUCCAUCGGCUUGAAGUCUCAGGCGUGCCGGCUAGUGAAGACGUCAGCCGCGGUCGCCGCUCCCGUCUCCAAUCCCCUCUCCGAUCCUCAAGAGCGGGAGAGACUGGCGGAAGAGUAUGGCUUCCGACAAAUCGGCGAGCCGUUGCCUGAUGACAUCACGCUGAAGCAAGUCAUCGAUACAAUCCCGGCCGAGGCUUUUGAGAUCAACGAGUGGAAGGCAUGGAAGACCGUCUUUCUAACAAUUGCCGCGAUGGCCAUCGGAGAGGUGUUCAUCUACUACUCGCCGUGGUACCUUCUGCCUUUCGCGUGGGCCUGGGCUGGCACUGCCUUCACCGGGUUCUUCGUGGUGGGCCAUGACUGCGCGCACAAGGCCUUUUCGAAGAACAAGCUGGUGGAGGACAUUGUGGGAACCGUCAUGAUGGCGCCGCUCAUCUACCCGUACGAGCCCUGGAGAUUCAAGCACGACCGCCACCACGCCAAGACCAACAUGCUGGUUGAGGACACGGCGUGGCAUCCUAUGAUUCCGGGCAUGUACAAGCGGAUGAGCCCCACUGGCCGCGUGCUCAUGCAGACCUUCAUGGGCCCCCUCCGAUUCCUCGCCUCCAUCGGUCACUGGCUGGUGUACCACUUCGACCUCGGGAAGUUCCGGCCGAGUGAGCUGCCACGUGUCAAGGUGUCGCUCGCUGCUGUUGGUGCCUUCGCGGUGAUUGGCUUCCCCCUUAUCAUUGCCAACUUCGGCAUUGACGGCUGGUUCAAGAUGUGGCUCAUGCCGUGGCUCGGCUUCCACUUCUGGAUGAGCACCUUCACCAUGGUGCACCACACUGCUCCCCACAUCCCCUUCAAGAAGCAAUCCGAGUGGAACGCCGCUCAGGCUCAACUCGGCGGCACUGUGCACUGCGACUACCCGUCCUGGAUCGAGAUUCUGUGCCACGACAUCAACGUGCACAUCCCUCACCACGUGUCCCAGAAGAUCCCCUCCUACAACUUGCGACUGGCCAAUGAUGCUCUGAGGAAGCACUGGGGCAAGUACAUGAACGAGGCUACGUGGAACUGGAGGCUGAUGAAGAACAUCUUUGUGGAGUGCCAUGUAUUCGACAGGGAGAAGAACUACAUUCCCUUCGAUGCUCUUGAGAAAAGAGAGUCUCCAAUUCUCGGCCUAACCAGAAAAAUCAUGCCCAACACCUUCAACAAAGAGCAGUAA